AUAAUUAUUUAAAUUUCCUUGUUGCCUUAUUACAUCCAGUCAACUUUUGCUAAGCAAAUUGUUGUAUUAUUGAAAUUGUUAUUUGUCUCUCAAUACAAAAUAAUCUAAUGUAUAAUAUAAACUUCCUUUUGCAUUUGUUUAAUUUGAUCGGAAGAAAAAUUGUUACAAAUCAUCAUUAACCUAUCAAAGUAGUCCAAUGUCCUUUAACUAAUAAUUACAGCUAAUCAAAUAUACAAGAUGUUCAAUGGGCUAUAUAUAAAGCCAUCAAAAAUGAAAUGGCAUAAACCCAGAACCGUUUAAUCAAAGUUUAAUAGCGAUUUAAAAGAUGAAUCGUUUACUUCUUGUCCCCAGUACUAUUGUGCUUCAAACCCUUUUAGCUCAUUGUUAUCUUAGAGUUUCACCAGAAGUUAAUCAUGAUUCCUUAAUUUACUCCAAAUAUCAAUUGGUGUCAUUAACAGUUGGACAGCUUGACAAGAGUCUCAAUCCACAGGUAAUGGACAGUAAAUUAGGUGAAACAAGAGGUGAGAUCCCAUUCAUUGAAUAUGAUUUCAGAAGCGAACCACGAAGGAAGUGGAAAGAUCUGCGGAGGUUGAGGAAAAGCCAAAGAGGACUGCGAGUACGAAUCAAUUCAAGGAGACGUGAAGACGAAAAUGCUAAAAGAUAUGAAAAUUAUUAUUAUGAUGGUCAUCGAGACGAAAAACAUCGUGAAUAUCAUUCAAAACCAUAUGUUAUAACAAGCGAGGACAAUUCAUCUAAUGAUCAGAGAUCCGAAGAUAUGAGAAACAUGGAAACUCUCAAAUAAUUUGUCAACCAAAAUUUACUCUAGUUUCUGUGUUUCGACUUUUAUCAAAGUCAGUUCAAAAGUGGUUCUGACUGCAUUUUAAUCAUAAAAUAGCCAAAAUCUGAAUUUUGUGUCAACCCAGAUAAAUUCACUGAAAAAAGCUCUUUUAACAAGUAACUCCACCAUCAGUUUCCGCUUCCUUGACAUCAUAUUUAUAAUUUCAUCUCACUUUCAUAUUUUUUAUCUCGAUAUUGCUCUCAUUGUUAGUCUUCCUUGAUUGAAAGUUGUUAAGCAAUCAGUGAAGUGUAUUCCAAUCGUUAUUAACUUUUCCAUGAAUAAAACCAUUUAACCAAUAA